CAACCCUUAUAAUUUUCCACCUGCCGUACAUAUCGGUUAUGGUCAGUAAAAAUAUAUUCUUUCGUGUGGUUCUUAUUUUGUAUCGUUUUAGCAUCCGUUAAAAACUAUGACAAUGUGACAUGAAUGACAGAAAUGAUCAAUACAUCUGCCUAAAUUGAUGCUUUGGAGAAUUAAAGAAGGCCGGACAGUUUGGUGAACCGACAUUUGGAUAUUGGAUCCUGUCGCUAAAGUAGAGAGCUAUGUUAGCAAGUUAGCGAUGCCUAACGUUAGCUACAUUUCAGUCUGGCCCUGUAACAUUGCCUGGAAUUCGUGUUCGUUGCCAGAGACAUGGUAGUCGUUACCUAGAUAGUGCUUGCCUCAAAUUGAUGCGAAAUUCUCAGUGGAGAAAGAAGAUAUUUUUCUUGGUGUUUCUAACACUAUGACUGCCAGCGUGAGUUCUCAAGCACAGAUCAUUCGUUUCAAUGCACUUUAGCCGAAUAUAAAUAUAUCUUGAGCGUUAACAGAUAUUUGUUUAGCAUAAUAAUCUAACGUCAUCUUUUAUUUUAGUGUGAAGCGAGACAGUUAAUGAUAGGUGCAGAUAACAGAUUGCUAUGGUUCCCACCUGCGAUGCACCUGUCGGAGGCUAUACUGACUUGUGUUGGGUGGUCUAGUGAGAUAGCGAUAGCCUAAUAUGUGGGUUAGCCUACCUAGUUUCUAUUAUGGUUCGGGACAUAAUAACGCUGGACGUUAGCCUAGGUACAUAAAUAACUCAUUUAUGAAAUUCAUAACUGUAUGCUAGAGGAUAUAAUGUUAUGUUUCAUUUUACAAUACUUUUCUGUCCAAACAUAGUUUGCCGUCGGAUCAAAGAUAGCCCUUCGUAUUCUUUGCAUUGGAUUUGACAGCUUUGCCAUUCACAGUCAUAGCCUUGGCUAGCGAUAUCCCAUUAUCUCUAACUUAAUGGACACAAAUGUCUCUUUAGGUGACGUUAGGUCAUAAUUCGGUUGUAUUGUAUUAUUUAGUGCGUCCAUUCUUGUUCUGGUCGUUAUAGAAAUUGUACCAAAUGGGUCUUAUUUAUUGGUCUAAGAUGUUAUGAAGCUGCAGCAUUGGUUAGUAAGGCAGCAGUGUCCAUUUGUGUAUUAACUAUUGCACUAUUGAAUUCGCUAUUGCAGUGGUCGAAAGGUGCCAUGUAAAGAGUGAUUGUUCUCAGCUUUACAAUGCCCUCCAGUUAACGUGUCUUUAUUGGCUUGGCCUAUUUGUCUCUGGAAGUCUGGUUCAUCUGAAGGUCUCUUCCGUCUUUGUUUCUUUUUUUUUGCCAUUUGGUCGUUAGAACUUCAAAUUUGAAAUCUUAAAGAGGAGGAUAGAAGUCACAUUUUUUGUGUUGCACCUGCUACCUUCAUGUAGCCUAAUUACCUGUCUGUCAUCAGUGUGUGAUAACGUGGACUAAAACUUUUGAUGAAUGGUACCCUCAGGCUACGUGCUGGGAGACUUGAAUUUAUGUUAUGUCGUCAUGGAAACAUACAUUGACAUCAGUAUCCGUUUCCCUUCUGUGCAGUAAAACUCAUAGUUUUGUGAAAGUGUGGUGCUGAAUUUAUGUUCUUUUCUUGAACUGGGUGUCAACAUUGUAAUUGGCUGUCAAAUCCCCUUCAGACAUAAAAGUGUAACUGCACCCUAAAAUGUUUUUUAAAUGUUUUUUUUUUCUAGCAGUGAUCUAAAUGAUAUGACUGAACUGAGUUGAAACACAUCAACACAACACCUAGCCCCUGCCCGUGAGUGUCAGUCUCAUUUUCAUUUGCUGAUUGAGACCCACCAUUCACACAGGUUUAAGCCUCCCACUCCAGCCCCUUGUCCGCUUUUUAGCAUUUUUCAAAAUUAUACAGUGGGUGGAGUUCGGCUCAGAGCUGAGGCUGUAGCCUACUUACACUUUAAUUCUGUCUAGGAGGCGGAUGGUAGGAGAGAGGACCGUUUCUUUGCUCUGAAUCUCCAUAGCUGUGUGGAGAGCUGGCACAAGGAUGCCAUGGUGCCAUAUUUAAUGCAAAACUCCAGCAUGGCAGACAGCAUUAUGAGCAGGGCUGCCACCAUGGAGAUUCCCAUUAACAGCAACGGGGACUCGAGGAAUAUCCCUGAGGAUGACGGCCUGGAACAGGCUGCAAAGGCUCAGUGGAGCUUAGAUGAGAAGGUAGGGAGUUCUGCAGACACAAGGGAUCUACAGCAGGUAAUGGUAUCUGGGCCGAACCUCAACGAGACCAGUAUCGUAUCCGGUGGCUACGGAGGCACUGCUGAGGGCGUCAUCUCGACCAGCUCCAUCAAAGGGCCAGCUAUCCGCUUCAAUGCUGACUUUCCGCCCAGACGCAUUCCUGCCCCAGGACAAGACCUGCGUUUGAAGGCCAGGGGUGUUAGCAUUGCCCCAAAUCAAUCCGCAGCCAGCCGAAUAGGAGCCAGCCAAUCUGAGGACAUCUCAGGAUCCAACAUGCACCAGUCAGCGACUGCUGAGGAGGCCACAAGGGGCGUAGCAGUGGAGAAGUUUGACAUCAUGAAGAAGUGGGGCCUAAACACCUACAAGUGCACCAAGCAGUUAAUCUCGGAGCGGUUCGGACGCGGCUCCAGAACGGUGGACCUAGAGCUGGAGGCUCAGAUCGAGGUUCUUCGGGACACCAAACGGAAGUACGAGACCAUUCUUCGUCUGGCGCGGGAGCUCACCAACCACUUCUACAGCAUGGUGCAGACCCAGCACGCCCUGGGAGACACCUUCGCCGACCUGAGCCAGAAGUCACCAGAACUACGGGACGAGUUUGGUUACAACGCGGAGACACAAAAGUUGCUGUGCAGGAAUGGAGAGACGCUAUUGGGCGCCAUCAACUUCUUUGUGUCCAGCAUCAAUACACUGGUGAACAAGACCAUGGAAGACACUCUUAUGACUAUCAAGAUGUAUGAGAAUGCCAGACUGGAAUAUGAUGCAUACCGCGCGGACCUUGAGGAGCUGAACCUGGGCACUCGUGAUGCGGUCACCAUGGCAAGGAUUGAGGCCGCAGAUCAGCAGUACCAGGCCCAGAAGGACAAAUAUGAGCGUCUCCGUAGCGACGUCACCAUCAAGAUUAAGUUCCUGGAUGAGAACAAGGUGAAAGUGAUGCACAAGCAGCUGCUGCUCUUCCACAAUGCCAUAUCGGCCUACUUCGCAGGCAACCAGCAGCAGCUAGAACAGACCCUUAAGCAGUUCAAUAUUAAGCUCAAGCCCCCCGGAGCAGAGAAGCCCUCCUGGCUGGAGGAGCAGUGAGCGGAGGCCCUUUGGACCAACUGACUGACUACCCAGGACACACACAUACACACACACACAUACACACACACACAUACACACACACACACACACACACACACACAUACACACACACACACAUACAAAUACAAACACAUUGUUAACCAAACGUUGACUCGCAACCAAGACAGUCCAGUUUUCAGUGGCCAGAGAUCUCAAAAAAGGCAUGUGGGGUCUUCGAACCUUCCCUCUUCCUCAUCCUCUUUUUCUUCUUCCCUUCUUAAUUUGGUUCAGUCACUGGUUAAGAAAAGAGAGAGAGAGAGAGAGAGAGAUUUAAGAAAAUGCCUGAAGAAAACUAACACAUCCAGAACAACUCCUUCUGUACAAUCCUGUUCUCUUAGUGGAUUUGAGUCAUAGCAAACCUGAUUUCAGAUCCACAUUCUUCUUUCUUUUUUUUUCUUUUUUUACCACCAAAGCCUGAAUCCAUAAAACUGGACUUCUGUCCACCUGAAGUGGAUGUGUUUACUGCUUUCAUUUUUCUAGUAAGAAGUGUGUUUUUGUUAUCAGUGUGGUUUUUGGAGAAGCUGAUGAAGGAUUUCAAUUUACUGAUACUGACCAGAAAUCAGGUUUAUCUGAGAUAUUCAGAUAAAUAGUUAAAGGGGCUGGUGACAAUAUUUUAUACGUGUGGAAAAAAAAUGGUUGGAUAUUGGGCUUGUGUGUUUACCAGUAUAUGUUGUAUAUGAAACCCUUUGGAAAUGGAAAUGGAACUCGGAAAGUUUUUUGUAGCAGGCACAAAAACAUAGUGUGGUUGCUGCCUUUAAGAUGAUGAACAUUCCCCAAAUACGCCCGACACUCCAAAUGCUAAAAUGACUGAGGGUUUUUCAGCUUGAGGAAUAUCAUGAAGGAAGCAGUUUCUGACAAAGAUGAAGGUUUUUUUUUUUCUCAGUUGGUCUUGGGGGGAGGUGGACAUCUGAUCUUUGGUCUUAUUCUGACUUCCAACACCCAUUAGUCCAGUGCCUCCUCCCUCCAGCCAAGCGUUGGAAGUGGAGAAUCUUUAUUUAUGUGCAAUAUCUCUGAAUUGUCAGUGAUCUCUGCAGAAAUGAUUAUGUUGGUAAAUCGGGGAUGUUCACCAUUGCAUCCCAGUUUGUUAAGCUUCAUGUUAGUUGCCAGUGACCACCUCAAAACUGAAUGUCUCUCUUUUUUUUGACACUCGUCAGAAGGUGGCGUACAAAGUUGUGAAAUACGUUUUGAAAAGAUAAAUAUCUUUGCAUUGAAAAGGAGCCUUGUGAGCACUAAUGAUCGGACACCCAGACCUCUAAGAGUUGUCAGGGCUUAAGUUAUGUUCAGUAACUUUAGAAACGGACUGUUGUAUGUUUUGCUGAACGUACAAAACACUUGGAAGCUCUAAAUGGAAUACCUUGGCUUUGUUUGUUCUUUGUUGAAAAAAGUAUUAAUUUAUGUGUCUAUCACCUUAUUGAUACUGGUGGAUUGACAUGUUCGAAACACGUCUUCAUUCAUUCAUUCAUUUGUUUGUUUGUUUGUGUCCGUGACAGACGACUCCAGUGUCUAGUGUAGUGAAGAAUGUUUGCCAAAAUCAUUUUAAGCAUAGAUAAAUUGAUCAGUAUCGGAACACUAAAUGCAAAACUUAAUUUAACUCAAUUUUCAUGAUAAACCUCACUUUUGCUAUGUUUGGAAAAGACUACGAACGCAUGGUAUUUAUCAUUCUGUUCACUCCACUCUAUUUUCUGAUCUUUAAUGUGAUUUUCAAUGUCACACAGAUGAGAAGUAAUCAGCAUAAUAUUUUUGCGCUGGGAUAACUGCGGCUCAUUUUUGUUUAAACCUUUUCCCAAUACCUCAAGGUUAUAGUCUGUAUUUGUUAUUAUUUGUUGGAGUUAGAUUUAUGUACGAAUGCUAAUGUGGAGUUUAUGCAGAAACAACACACGCACACACAAUAAUGCAUAUUGCUACGGGCCAUGUCAGACAUUCAGUUUGGAAUGCUGACACCUUUUUUUAACUGAAAAAAAUAGCAACAGCGACCAUUCUUAUGAAUAUAUCACUGACGCUUUGAUAAGCCUAAUAGCUGCAGAGAAACAGCGGACUCUCGUUUUAGUAGAGAGGUAUUUGAGAACGUGGUCACACUUGAAAACAACAUAAAUUGUCCUUAAAGCGACACUGUAGGAGGCUCAUAAGGCUACCAUGAAGCAAUACAAAGGAAAUGUGUCUAAUAACCAUGAUCUUAGUCUGUAAUGUGUUUGUACUCCUCUGGUCAGAGUUUGCAUGUCAGUGUGUGAUGCAGACCCCCCCCCCCCCCCUCCCGUCCGUGAUCUGCUCUCAGAUGAGCUCUGAAUACAUAUGUGAGCAGGCUUGUGUAAUGAUAUACAGUCUAAGUAUGCAGACUGACGUUGGUCGACUAAAGACAUGACAGUGCUUAUUUUGUGUCCCCCCUCUAAAUGUUAUUGUGCCCCUGCUACGACUUUGGCAUACAUGGGAGUCAGAUUGACGUUGGCGUACGUGGGAGUCAGAUUGGCAUUAAGUGGGCGCUGGACGUGGGACCGAGGAAUUUAAUUUUUGAAAGAACUAUAUUUAACGAAGAGCUUACAUUUUUACAGAAUGUUUUUAUUUUUCCUAUAAAUGUUGUGGCAUGUGGAGUUCCGGAUAAGAUCAUGCCGAAUUACUACAAUGAAUGUCAUGGACAUUCUAUUGGUACUGUAUCUUAAUGGUCUCAAUCUCUGAUUGAACUGGACAUUGAAGUGAUCCAUCCUUUCUGUAAAAUUAACUCAAAUCUGACCUAAUGUUCCUUUCCUCUUUGUACAUUUCAGAACUCCCUAGAGUUGAUUGUUUUCAUGGAUCAGUGUGUUUCCUUUUAACCACUAGUGAAGAGAAUGAAAAACCCCUUACAUAGUUGUAGGCCGCAGCUGAUCGAGGGAUUUCUAAGCAUAUAUUAAUUGUGUACAAUCAGUUGUUAUCGGCUGCUCUGUAAUAUUUUUAGCGUAUGAUUGAUUGUAUAUAUGUGAGGAUAUUUAAGAUGAGAAGAAGUUAACUGGAUUUCUGUAAUUGCCUUUAUUUCUCAGUUUGACCAAACCUCUGGAACAUAAAGACUCUCAAACCCACAAUAUGAAAUAAAAUGUUUCCAAAAACCUG